UUCAUUGCCAGCAUUUGAGAUCUUUUUGACAGGUUAACCGAAAGAAAGCUGAAACAUUCAGUAUGGCAGAGGCUGUCGAAGAAAAGAAGGAGCCUGAUUCUAAACGUGUCCAUACCUAUCCACUUAUCAGGCAUUCAGACAUGAAUGAUGAGAUGAAGACAGAAGCCAUGGAAUUAUGUGUGACAGCUUGUGAAAAGUUUUCCAGUAAUAAUGAGACUGCUGCAAGAAUGAUUAAAGAGACGAUGGAUAAAAAAUUUGGAGCAUCAUGGCAUGCAAUAGUAGGAGAAGGUUAUGGAUUUGAAAUCACACAUGAAGUAAAGAACUUAUUAUAUAUGUUCUUUGGAGGAAAUAUGGCAAUCAUGAUCUGGAAAUGUUCAUAAACAUUGACUUCAUUAUCAAAACACAUCAUUGUCAUUACAGUCUUCUGUGAGCAACCAGAAACACCAACAAUGUGAUGAGAAAUUGUGUUGGGAUGUAAUUACCAGACAUAUGCAAAGUACUUUGUUGGAUAAAGUAACAAGGUAGAAGUGCAAAACUAUCUUAAUGACAAGAAAAUGUCACUUAUUUCCAAAUGAAAAGAAAACAAAGAAGAAUUUGGUAUGAAAUUGUAAAGAACCAGUCAGACAAAUUAUCAGAAACACAGAAAGACAGUUAUUAGAAAUAUUAGUUUUAAUGCUGCUAUUGAGAAAUUGUUAACUCAGUACCUUAAAGAAACAAUCAAGCUCAAUAUGAAUUGUUAAAUGAAAGCAGAAAACCCUGAUUUUGAACAAGCAUUUUUUCUGUGUCCUUAAUUUGCAUUUUCAAGUUUUGUACAUGUUUGCAACUUUUUAAGCUUAUCUCCAUAGUGCAAGACAAGAUUUUUAACUAAAAUGAACGGAAGUGCAUAUGAAUAUUAGACAUGUACUUAUCAAUUUUCUUAUGUUAACGACACACAUUGUAUUGCAACACAUUCCUGAAUCUUCUAAAUCUCAAACAUUAUAAUGCAUUCCUGAGUCAAUUAAAUCGUAGAUGUGCAUGCUGUUUGCCCUGGUCUACAAUUAUCAAAGAAUAAUGUAUUCCUACAGUGACAGCAGAGCUGUACAUAACUAAGUCAGUACUAUGCUUAGUUAGAACAACAUGUAAUUCUGAGGUUUUGUUAGAAAUACCUGUUGUUUGUACAUAUAUCAAUUCCCUGCUUAAAAGAUAAAAAGGUGUUUAUUUUAUUAUUUAUCAAUUAGCAUCUGUUGUAAAUAUUAAAUAUGCAUAUUGAAUAAAAAUUCUACAGUACUAUCUGUAAA